AUGCUUGAGAAAGAAGUUGAGGAUUGGUGGCGCAACACUGUUCAGAGAUUUGAUGAGAAUGACAUUGAAGUGACUUGGGAACUUUUCCAUGAUGCUUUUCUAGAGAAGCAUUUUCCAGAAUAUGUUCGUGGAAAGAAGGAAAUUGAAUUCUUUGAGUUGAAGCAAGGUAAUGGUACCGUAGACGAGUAUGCUGCAAAGUUUGAGGAGUUGAUCAAAUUUUGUCCCCAUUAUAAUACUGUUAAUGCUGAGAGAUCCAAGUGUCUUAAGUUUGUGAAUGGCCUGAGACCUGAUAUCAAGAAGGCAAUGGGUUACCAACAGAUUACGAUAUUUUCUGAGUUGGUUAACAAGAGUAGGAUCUAUGAUGAGGAUACUUGUGAGAGUGCUGCUCAUUACAAGUCCUUGCAUGAUAAGAAAGGAAAAAGGCAAUUCCGAGAGAAGCCAUAUGAUGGUAAGAAGAAAGCUAGUGAUAGCAAGAAGCCGAGUGGGGGAGGAUCUCACACUCUUGUCAAGUGCUUCAGAUGUGGUGUUAAGGGACAUCGUGCUCAUGAGUGGCCUAAGGGUGGUGUGACUUGUUUUAAGUGUGGCAAGCAAGGUCACAAAUCUUUUGAUUGCAGAGUUGGUUCGAAUGUGACUUGCUACAACUGUGGUGAGCAAGGGAACAUUAGUACCAAGUGCAACAAGCUGAAGAAGAAGCAAUUCAAAGGGAAAGUGUUGUAUUGUCCGGUGCUGAUACUUCUGCUGAGGAGAGAUUGA